AUGACCUCCACCGAAGAGACUGGCGGCAGCGGGGGCUACUCCUCCUCCGAGGAAAUGGACGACGAGCUAAAGAUGCUCGACAGUCGCGAGUUUUCGCCCAUCAAGCCGAAUGAUGUGGACGACGGUGGGCAGGAGCAGCAGGAGCCGCAUGCGACGAUGUACAGCAGCGCCGUCAGCCACACUCAGGAGAUGUUCGCCACCGCCGGCGGGAAGACCACCACCACCAACUUCAUUUCACCGCACACCGACGCCGAUGCGCUGGAGAGCGACGGCGAGCUGCUCGACCUGGAGCACGACCUCCCCGAGACGGUGACGGUCCUGAAGACGAAGGACAACAGCCACACCAUCUACCUCAUUGGCACCAGUCACUUCAGCAAGCAGAGUCACCGGGACGUCAGACGGGUAAUUCGAACCGUCCGACCGAGUGUGGUGAUGCUGGAGCUCUGCCGCAGCCGAAUGUGCUUCCUGACGAUGAACGAAAGUGAGAUCAUGUCGGAGGCAAAGUCGCUGGACUUCUCUAAGAUUCGCGACUACAUGAAGAAGAACGGCUUCGUUCAGGGCUUUAUCUACACCCUGCUGCUGACCGCCAGCGCCAAGGUGACCAACGACCUGGACAUGGCGCCCGGGGGCGAGUUUCGAAAUGCCUUCAAUGAGGCAGUAAACGUACCCGACUGCCAGAUCAUGCUCGGCGACCGCCCCGUGGACAUCACCCUCCGCCGGGCGAUCAGCACGCUGAGCACCUGGCAGAAGAUCAAGAUGACCUACAACUGCCUCUUCACCAGCGAGACGCUCAACGCCGAGGAGCUGGAGCGCUACAAGCAGAAGGACGUCCUCGAGCAGCUGAUCGGCGAGCUGAGCGAGGAGUUCCCCGGCCUGUCGCGGGUGAUGGUGGAGGAGCGCGACCAGUACCUCGCUCACUCCCUGCUGGACGCCUGCCACCAGGCGAAGCCCGGCGAGCCGGUGGUCGGCGUCGUCGGCAUCGGCCACUCCGCCGGCAUCAAGGCGCACUGGGACACCGUGGAGAGCAUCAACGUCGCCGAGCUAGUGAC